AUGAGUAAAAAGAUUUUUUUUGUUGAGAUGAUCAAGAAAGGCUUAUCACAAUGUUAUGAAUGCUUGCCGAAAGCGACUCAAAAAUCAUUUCCAGGCUGCACAAUUAGAAAUACACCUUCAGAACCGAUUCAUUGUAUUGUUUGGGCCAAACAUUUAUUCAAUCAACUAUUUGGCGAAACCGAUGACGAUGAAGAAGUCUCACCAGACACUGCCGAUCCUGAAGCAGCAGGAGACGCUAGCGAAAAAGCACUUGCUGAUGAAUUUUCAGAAAAGGGUAACAUUGAUCGUGUAAGCACAAGGCAGUGGGCUGAGUCUUGCAACUACGAAAGUCAAAAGCUGUUUACUAAAUUCUUUCAUGAUGAUAUCGAGUAUUUAUUGAGUAUGAAGAAUCUGUGGAAGGAGAGACGCCCACCUGUGCCACAGAUGUGGACCGAACCCAUGGAUUCAGAGAUGAAAGACGACGCAGUAACCCGUGAACAAAGAAAUCUUUCCCUAGCAGAAUGGUGUUGUGUUUUCAAAAUGAGCGUCAUGAGUUUGUUCAAACAGUUGGAAGAAAAGAAGACCACUCUCGUUUGGGAUAAAGACGAUCAGGCUGCCAUGGACUUUGUUGCUGCCUGUGCCAAUAUUCGGUCUUACUGUUUUGGUAUUGAACAGAAAUCGAGAUUUGAAGUAAAAUCUAUGGCUGGUAAUAUAAUUCCCGCGAUUGCGACCACAAAUGCAAUCGUUGCUGGAAUUGCCGUUAUGCACGCUUUUAAAAUCCUGCAAGACAAAAUCAAAGAGUGCUCCACUGUGUAUGUACGUCUUACAGAGAACCCACAAAAGCAAAUACUUGUACCGGAGAAAUUUCUCAAUCCUCCAAACCCUAAAUGCUAUGUCUGUAGUCCAAAACCUGAAGUUAAUUUAAUGCUCGAUGUGAACAAGAUGACUGUGAAAGAAUUGGAAGAAAACGUUUUGAAGAAAUCGUUGAACAUGAUUGCACCUGAUGUCAUUUGCCAAUCUAAACAGUUGGUUAUCAUAUCUUCCGAAGAAGGGGAGACUGAGUGCAACAAUGAUAAGAAAUUGGCAGAAUUGGGAAUUGUUGAUGGAAGCAUGUUACAAGUCGAUGACUUCCUGCAAAAUUAUGAAUUAAGUAUAACGAUACACCAAUAUGAACCAAAGAAGGACGAACCUGAAUUUCAAGUAUUAUCAGAUCCUUCUGUUUUAAAACCGAAAGAAAGUGCUGCUCCGGCA